CGGACGGACAGUUUCCAUCACUGCCAUAUUCUCGCAAUUCAAUUCCUGGGUCAUUACUGUAACUACCACGAGGUUUCUUGCCUUGUUCUCUUCCUCUUUCUCGUUUAAUUCCGCAUCAUACUUCGCCAUUGCAUCUACAAUAAGAUGUCUUCCCUCACAUACACUCCCGUCGAGGAGAUCCCCGCCCUCCACAAGCGCGUCGUCGCCAAAUUCAACACUCACACCACCCGCCCGAUCGAAUACCGAUUGAAGCAGCUGCGUAAGCUGUACUGGGGCCUGAAGGAUGAGGAGACGGCAUUGUUGAAUGCCUGUCUGUCGGAUUUGGGCAAGAGCCAUUAUGAGACCUACCUGACUGAGGUCGGCUGGGUUCUCAAUGACAUCGUCUUCAUGACCCAGAACCUUGAGCGUUUCGCAAAGGACGAGAAGGCGGCGGAUACCAGCCUGAUGAACUUGGCCAUGUCCCCGCGCAUCCGCAAGGACCCCAUGGGCGCCGUCCUCAUCAUUGGCGCCUUCAACUUCCCCAUUCAGUUGACUCUCGGACCUUUGGUCGGCGCCAUCGCAGCUGGCUGCACCGCCGUCAUCAAGCCGUCUGAGAGCGCCCCCGAGUCGGCCAAGAUCAUGGAGAAGGUCAUCAAGAAGGUUCUGGACCCGGAGGCGUAUGUCGUCGUUCAGGGUGCCGUACCGGAGACAACUGCCGUACUUGAUCAGAAGUGGGAUUUGAUCUUCUACACCGGAGGUCCGACCGUCGGCAAGAUCAUCGCUAAGAAGGCUGCCGAGACUUUGACUCCCGUCGUCCUCGAACUUGGUGGUCGUAACCCAGCCAUUGUCACCAAGAAUGCCGAUAUUCGACUGGCCGCACGCCGACUUCUCUGGGCGAAGCUCCUCAACGUCGGCCAGGUCUGCGUCAGCCAGAACUACAUUCUCAUCGACAAGGAGGUCCUCCCCGCCUUCGUCCAACAGCUUAAGGCUGCGCUCGCCGAGUUCCACCCGCGCGGCUCACAGAACAAUGGCGACUACGGCAAGGUUGUCAACGAGCGUUCGUGGCAAAGACUGAAGGACAUGCUGGACAACUCCAAGGGCAAAGUGCUGCUCGGCGGCAAGACCGACAAGGCCACACUAUUCUUCGAGCCGACAGUUGUCGAAGUCACCAGCCAAGACGAUUCUCUCCUCGCAUCAGAGUCCUUCGGCCCAUUGAUCCCGAUUCUCGCGGUCAACAACCUGGACGAGGCCAUCCGGAUCGCCAACACCAUCGACAGCACCCCACUCGGUCUCUACCCAUUCGGUACCAGCGCCGAGACCUCCAAGGUUCUCUCCCAGACACGAUCAGGUGGUGUUUCCAUCAACGACGGUUUCUUCCACGCCUCAAUCCCGACCCUCGAGUUCGGCGGUGUCGGUGGCUCUGGAAACGGAAGCUACCGUGGCAAGGCCAGUUUCGACGCCUUCACCCACCGUCGUGCCGUCACCACCACCCCUGGCUGGAUCGAGUCCCUGCUCGCCGUCCGAUACCCUCCCUUCACCAACGCGAAGCUCAAGCAGAUCAAGGCCAUGACUGACGGCAAGCCUAACUUCGACCGCAACGGCAACGUCAAGAACUCCCUUCUUCUUUUCAUUUUCGGAUUCGGUGCCAAGAGCCUUGUCGGAGCCGGAGGUCGAUGGUUGACCGUCGUCGCCAUUGCUGCCGCCGUUCGCCACUACAAGUCCAACUUGUAAACGGUUACCAAGCCCCCAAACCUCCGAAAAUCACCUCCACGGGGCGGGACAUGAAUGGAUAUUCCCACGCCACGCCAUCACGGAGACUCUCGGUGUACACGAUGGAAUUCCCAGCAAUUUCCCUUCACUUUGUUAAAUCAUGUCUUAAUGUCAUCGGGCAGUAUCAAUAUUUCCAAAAAAAUGAUGAAAUUUUCCUCGCCA